AUGAGUGUUACCCCAGCAAUCCAUAUGGCCUGUUUUUCCCAUACCGGAGCCACAUCAUCAACUAAUACCCCCAAUGACCCAACCAUCGCCCCUCCCAAACCUUCGCAGCCUCGCUUCUAUUCUCACACCGCCACCACCGACAGCGAAAAAGGAACCAUAACCCCUCCCACUCUGGCCCUGCGCAAGUACGUCGUUGAUGAGAUUUUGGGUGACAUCCUCAGCAUUCCCAAACACUCGCAAAUUCUGGAAGACGAGAUUUGGCCGUACAACGUCGACACCUUAAAUGAGAUUAUUCGUUUCAAGAUUGAACAAGAAAAGACCAAACAGGAACUGAUGCGUCACGAGACCACCCAGACGCUGUUACAGCUCUUGCAAUUGGCUCAAUCGCUCCAUAUCCUGCCGCAUUUGGUACCAAUGAUGUUCGUGCUGGACCCUGAACAUGCCCAUCAUCUUGAACAACAAUUACAGUUAUACCGUACCAAACCCGAGGAAGAGGUACGUCGAGAACUCCACGAGAAGUUCCAUAAAAUUGAAUUGGGUCAACUCAUUAAUCCUGAGCUGACACCAACUCUGCCGAAGCUGGUGGCGAUUCUGCCGCAAACCACCCUGGUGUCGGAGCCGGUAGCGGCGAAGCCCCUGCCCCCUUUAAGAAAGCGCCGGACGGUGCUGGACUCGCUGGAUCGAGUUCAAUUAGCCAUGACGCUGACGAUGGGCCUGGCGCUGGCGCGGGGCCUGGCACUGGGCCUGGCAUCGGGUCUGGCGCUGGGACUGGUGCUGGCUCCGUCGGUGAGCCAUAUCUAUGGUUCCACGGUGGUGACCCCGGUGGCGACCACCGGAACCGGGACCAAUUCAUCCCCAGUUCAACCUCAACAAGCUCAACCUGCGGUUUACCCCUUGUACUACUCCGACGCUGCCAACCCGUCAUUCGGCAAAUUGGGCCUGCCGUAUUCUCAGAAGUAUACUCCUACGGUGAUUAUGGGCCAACCGCCCUAUAUCCCUAUGCAUUACCCGUAUUUCGUUAACCUGCCUCCUACUAAUGCUCCCUACGUGGUUCUGCUGCCCCUGGUUGGAGCACCCCCGGCGCCGGCGCCGGUGGCGGCCCAUCCCCCUAAACAACCGGUGCCCUCUCAUAAGUUCCAGCUGGAGGAGUCUAAUAACGUAUUCCGUCCGGCGGAAAUUCCCGAUGAACAUCCAAACAAGCGCCAAAAAGUGAAGCUGGCGAUCAACUUUAUGAUUACAACCCCGAAAAAUCCCCCCCAACAGAAGUAUAAUAAGGAUAGACAUUAA